GGGAGCUGCGAGGGCCGCGGGCUGGGAAGGCUGCGUGGAAAGCUUUCCUGCGGGCUGGGAAGGCGCUGGUGAAGCGGCUCUGCAGAGUGGAAGGGAUGUCGCUUUCAGGUGUUCCUUUCCAUUCGGUGCCGCGGUUGAGCUAACGCAGGGAAAGCUCGGUGCCCUCAUAAAACACAACUGAUCUGUCACCUUUCCUCCAGGGCGAUCAUUGUCUGGCUGGCAAAUGGAGAGACAAUUCGUGUCUAUAAAAUGACGAAGAAGGACGACGGCAACUUCACCUUCAUUGCUUCUUCUGAGGACUUCCCAAAGAAGCACAAAGCUCCUGUCAUUAACAUAGGAGUUGCAGAAACAGGAAAGUUUAUCAUGACAGCUUCCAGUGACACCACCAUCCUGAUCUGGAACCCGAAGGGUGAAGUCCUUGCCAGCAUUAACACUAACCAGAUGAACAAUGCCUAUGCUGCUGUGUCACCCUGUGGGAGGUUUGUAGCAUCAUGUGGCUUUACUCCUGAUGUAAAGGUUUGGGAAGUGUGUUUUGGCAAGAGUGGAGACUUCCGGGAAGUGACCAGGGCUUUUGAGCUGAAAGGCCACACUGCUGGUGUAUAUUCCUUCUCCUUCUCUAAUGACUCGAGGCGGAUGGCAACCGUUUCCAAGGACGGGACGUGGAAAUUCUGGGACACAGACGUGGAAUACAAGAAGCAGCAGGACCCGUACCUGCUGCUGACCGGGAGGUGCGAGGUGUCGGAGCCGUGCCGCAUCGCGCUGUCCCCCGACGCUCGCGUGGUGGCCAUCUCCUGCGGCACGACCAUCGCCGUGUACAACACGCGCCGAGGGGAGGAGGAGGAGCGCUUUGUCGGCGUUCAUGGACAGCACAUAGCAGACUUGGCUUUUGACACCACCGGCCGCUUCCUGGUGUCCUGCGGCGACCGGGCCAUCCGCGUGUUCCACAACACCCCCGGCUUCCGUGCCGUGGUGGAGGAGAUGGAGACCAUGCUGAGGAAAACCACCACCAAAGCCACCCGGGAGCGGCUGGAGCAGCAGAUCGCCGGUGCCAGGAAAGCGCUGGCUGCCAUCUGCGGCAGGAAGCAAUAGCGGCUCCGUGCGGUAGCGGCGCGCUGGGUUUGACCGAUAAAACAGCGAACAGAUUGCAAUAAAAGAGCGCUCACGGCU